GCAGAAAGCUCCAUACAGGACCCCUGGCUUCCUUACCCCCGCGUGCUUACACCCAGCGCGCUUUCCAGCGUCCUUCGGUCCCACGAGCCCGGCAGCCCGCUACAGCCUGCGCUGCGCGGGGAAGGCGGGGUUCCUCGCGCUCGGGGCGUCCCGCCCGGUAACGGUGGUCCAAUGAGCGAGCACCCGAGCGCACGAGGUCUUAAGUUUCACGACCGUCGGAGUGGUGGGUUCUAACGCUACCGACGUGGCGUUAGCUCCAUGUAAAGCUACGGUUACGUCUUUCUUUCCCCGAGCAGAGACAGACGGUAACACCGAGCUAACGGAGAGGAGGCGGGUGCGGAAAGUCCAGACAAAGUGCGGUGCGACGGACAACUGCCCCGCGCGCGUCGAGAUGGAGAAGUCUCAGUUGCCUAGCGACGAGGGAGGUCCUGGAUUGACAGAGAGCUACUCGGCAACAGCCCUAGUGUCUAGAGAUGGGGCGGAGCCUGCUGGAGAGGCGGGGCAGGGGGAGGAGCGUCCUACGUGGGACAGCAAGCUGCAAUACGUCUUGGCCCAGGUGGGCUUCAGCGUGGGCCUGGGCAACGUGUGGAGAUUCCCCUAUCUCUGCCACCAGAACGGAGGAGGGGCCUUCCUACUGUUGUAUGUAGUGUUGCUGAUGGGGGUGGGAGUUCCCCUCUUCUUCAUGGAACUGGCUGCUGGCCAGAGUAUCCGCCAGGGCAGCAUCGGAGUCUGGAAGCACAUCUCCCCACGCCUCGCUGGGAUCGGCUACUCCAGCUGCAUGGUAUGUUUCUUUGUGGCUCUGUACUAUAAUGUGAUCAUUGCCUGGGCGCUCUUUUAUUUUGGGAACUCUUUCCAAUACCCGUUACCAUGGCAAAAGUGUCCUGUGGAACCAGGUGGCAACCUGACAGUGAAGGAGUGUGCUGCUAGUUCUCCCACCUCAUUCUUCUGGUUCCGGAAGGCUCUGGACAUCUCUGACUCUCUAGAGCAGUCUGGACAGUUGAACCCCGUCAUAACGGGCUGCCUACUAGCAGCCUGGACCCUGGUCUCUCUCGCCAUGAUAAAGGGCAUAAAAUCAUCAGCCAAGGUGAUGUACUUUUCCUCCAUUUUCCCGUAUGCUGUGCUAGUCUGUUUUCUGAUCAGAGGCCUGAUGCUGGAUGGAGCCACUGAGGGCAUCAUUUAUAUGUUCUACCCUAAGCUGCAGAUUUGGCGUGAGGUGCAGGUGUGGCGCCAGGCUGCCACUCAGGUGUUCUUCGCGCUCGGUCUGGGUUAUGGCUCUGUGAUCGCCUACUCGUCCUACAACCCUGUCCACAACAACUGCCACCGCGACGCCAUCAUGGUCUCUGCUAUCAACUUCAUGACCUCAGUUCUGGCCUCCCUCGUCAUCUUCAUGGUCCUUGGCUUCCGGGCCAAGAACGUCGCUCUGGAGUGUGUGGCCGAGAAUGUAGCUACGAUGGUAGGAAUGUCAACUCCGGACUCUCAGCACCGGUUCCCGUCGUUCAACACGUCCGAGCCCAGAUCCAUCCUGCUGCACAAGUACAGGGAGUGGUACAGCCAGUACGGAAGCCUACUGGGGUCAAACUUCACCGACUGUGACCUGGAGAGAGAGAUGAUCAAGGGCGUGGAGGGCACUGGACUGGCGUUCAUUGCCUUCACCGAGGCCAUGAGCCUCUUCCCUGCCAGCCCCUUUUGGUCAGCCCUGUUCUUCCUCAUGCUUCUCAACCUCGGCAUGUCCACCAUGUUCGGCACCAUGCAGGGAAUCCUCACACCCCUCAUGGACAACUUUAAACUGCUGGGUCGUCACAAGACCAUCUUCACAGUCUGUGUCUGCAUGCUGGGCUUCUUCCUGGGCCUGAUCUUCACUCAGCGCAGUGGGAACUAUUUCGUCACCAUGUUCGACGACUACUCUGCCACUCUGCCUCUGAUAAUCGUCGUCGUCUUUGAGACGGUCAGCGUCGCGUGGAUCUACGGUGCUGACCGAUUUCUGGAUGAUGUGGAGGUGAUGCUGAAUUGGCGCCCCCCGGUGGUGUAUAAGUACAUGUGGAAGUAUGUGUGCGUGCUGGCUAUGCUGAGCCUGCUGACGGCUAGUCUCCUGCGCAUGGUCUUCAGAUGGCCCAGUUACACUGCAUGGAACCACACCACGGGAGCGGAGACUAGUCUGGAGUAUCCCGGUUGGGCACUGGUGAUGCUCUGUUUGCUCAUCGUGACAGCCUGUCUCCCAGUUCCUGCUAUGUACCUGUACUCACUCAUCACACACAGGUGGGGCAGAGCAGGUGAGCAGGGGGGUGUGGCUGAGCAACCCACGGCAUACUCCAAAUGCAAUUCUGCUGAGUCCAGCAGCCAUCGUUGCCUAGUGGAUGAGGAUGGCACCCUGUCCCAGAGCACGUUCCUGCCACAGGGGGUGGACCAAUACAGGCUCCUCCCACAACAGGAAGAUGGGGAGGAAGACGACACUGAGGUGUGAGGAAGGACAGAGACACUAAAGACUCGAGACAUCUGAGGUUUCAGGACACGGAGCAGUAAGGCCUUGUUCUGGAGGCGGAGUCACGCGGGGAGAAGGGCCUGUUUAUUGGAUGUCGCUGGACCGAUUGUAUUGGACGGACUUACGUUGUUCAUGAGCUGUAAUGAUGUACUGCAGGCCUCCACAAGAGUGCACUAUUCAUGUGAGCGCUGCAGGCAAUGAAGCUCCCAGUCUGCACGCAGCUUUUCUCGACUUCCCCCAGUGCUUACCAGUAGUGUUGGAUACCCCACGUCCCCCAGUGCUUACCAGUAGUGUUGGAUACCCCACGUCCCCCAGUGCUUACCAGUAGUGUUGGAUACCCCACGUCCCCCAGUGCUUACCAGUAGUGUUGGAUACCCCAGUCACAAGCCCGUGUAACUGGUGUCCUACAGUAACUGAGAGAACUUCUUCUGUCUCACUUCUUAUAUCCAUGUAGUCGUUCUUCAUUUUUUUUCUUUUACAUGUUUUUUGUCUUUCUUGCAUCUUGUGUAUCUGGUGUCAGUUGUUCUUGUGCAGGCUCCUCCCAUCGUCUCUCCUUUCUUGACUUGUCAGACCUCUCUGCCCAUGUCAGUGUGGUACGCGUUUGGCCCUCACCAUGUGCAGGCUCUUAUUUUCAAAUGAAAUAUUUUACAUUUGUCAGAAAUCAGACCACAAUGCAAUAAUAGUUGAUUUUUAGAAACCCCACUAUUUUGUAAGUGACAAAUUCCCACCGUUUGGUUUGCGUAUUCCAUAUCGUCAGCGUCCCGUGUGUGUACGGACUUUAACGUCCUUCCAGGUCCUGCUUCCACAGCUGCUGCUCAUUGUGCAGGGCUCAGUGCUGCCAUUGUUCUAGUUACCUCGGCACUCUUAAAUAUAAACACCCCAGAUUUGAAGGAACAGCCCCAGUGCCAAAUAGUGCCAUUACAGGCCACCUCAGUAAACAUACGAGAUGAACAUACAGACAUGCUAUGGGGAGUGAGUACACUGCAAUACAUUAUUUUUAGAUCAUUUCAGUGUACUGUAGUUGAAAGCACAGGAAGGCUUCUAAUAACUCUGCUGUUUCUGUCCAUCUGUGUGUGUGAGAGAACAUUCUGAUUGUAUUCUAUUUAUUUUCUCCUUGUUUAGUUUAUUACACAUUACCAGAGUAAUGGUGGUGUGGACGUAGGUGGAGUGAGUAAGAUGGACUAAGUACUCCGUCCUAAGAUUCCCAUGUUCUGCAACAGCCUGUUCGUGGUGACUGUGCUAGAAAUGUGUGUCCAUUACAGAACCUCCUUCUCCUUUUAGAAGCUGCAUGAUUCCUCCUGACAAAAAUACCCAAAACCACAAGAAGUCGCGCUGAGAAGAAGCAGCAGACCAAUCAGGGCUCAGAAUGGAGUGGAGCCAUGUGCUGAGUCAGAGCGGACAGCCGUGAACACGCCCUCACACUCCUGCCUGUUAAGAACAGUGAGACGCAGUUCUGUUACUGGGAGCCUGGAGCCCAGAAGGACCGAGCUGUGAGUCUCACCCUCCCAGAAGCCAGAUCCUAUAACUCAGCACGGAGCUGGCAGUACAGGAGCGCCUGUAUCUCUCUCUCUCUCUCUCACACACACACACACACACACACACACACAGACGGUGGACACUUAAGGCAGGUUAUGUCCAGGAGUGACAAAUAUCCUGUGAAUAGAUACAUGCUUGGUCUCUACAGAAAACAAUUUAAUUGAGUCACCCAACCUAACACAUUGAGUUGUGAAUUAUUGUGGAAUUAUUGUGCCCCCCCCCCCCCCCCCAAAAAAAAAAAAAAAAAAUCCCCCAAAAACUAUAUCUCGGCUUGAUUCCAUUUCAGUAGCUGUUUGUGUCUCAUGCAUAUUCUUUGUUUGUGUGAGUGUGUAUGGGGGAGAAGAAAGAGGUUGUAUCGUUUUGCUGGCCGCGUUUUAACAAAUGAAAUAAACGUAUAGUUUGAAGUGCAAA